CUACUCUGUGAUCCUAUAUAACCUCAAAAUUUAAAUUAUUGUUUAUUUCUUAGUCGGUAAAAAACACAAAAAUGAAGCGAAAUCUUUGCUUUUUAACGCAACGACUACUUCAAACUAAUUAUGCAUCAACAUUACCUCCUAUUCGUUUAUUAAGCACACAAGAGGCAAUAGAACGCCGUCACCAUUUAUUCACGUUGGAGAAAAAGCGGCAGUUGGAAAAUGUGGGCAGAAUUGAAAAGAUAGAAGUACAAUACAAGGGUGUACCAAAUGAGUGCACUUUAGUCAUGAACAAGGAUAUAUCGACCCCCUACGACUGUGCUAGACAUCUGAGUGAAUGGCACAUGGAGAGCAGUGCGUUGGCGCUGCUGGACGGACAGGUGCCGUGGGACAUGCACCGCCCCCUCACUGACAACUGCACACUGGAACUCCAGAACUUCAGCUCGGUGUCCCCGCAGCAAGUAAACAAGGCGUUCUGGCGGUCCUGCUCGCUGGCACUGGGCGCGUGCGCGAGCGCAGCCUUCCGAGAACAUGUGCCUGUUCUGUUGCACAGCUUCCCUGGACCUGAUAUCCGCAGCGGUUCAUUCACAUACGACGUGGCGCUCCCCUCGCUCCCCGACUGGCGUCCCACGGAGCUGGAGCUGCGCGCGCUGUCCGCCGAGUUCGUGAAGCUGGCCCGGCGUGGGAGCCCCUUCGAGCGGCUCGAGGUCGGCCGGGAGCUGGCCCUGGAGAUGUUUGUGGAGAACGAGUAUAAGACGCAGCAGAUACCGAGCAUUGCUAGGGAUAGUGGCAAAGUAACCCUGUACAGAAUAGACAAGCACGUGGACAUAUCGAGGGGCCCUAUGAUCAGCAACACUUCUCAAAUCGGCCGCGUUACCAUCGCCUCCGUACACAAACUCACUGGCUCAUCACCCGACAGUGCAGAAGCGAAGCAACUGUACAGGUUCCAGGGAGUGGCGCUGCCGGCCGGCGUGCACAUCAACCACUUCGCGUACUCCAUACUGGAGCAGAGGGCACGGAAACUGAACCCGGUGCGGUCUCCCUUCAACUCGCUAGAAGUGGACGAGUCCAACGCCGCCCCAGAAAGUUUGUCGGCCAAAGCGUGAUGAGCAUUUAAAUAUAGUGUAAUUAUGUUAGUGUUUUGUUAAUAAUAAUAGUUUAUAGGUCAAUAUAAAAAUAAA